AUGACUUCACGGUACAGAGUGGAGUACUCACUGAAGCAGCACCGACGAGAUGAAUUCAUCGAGUGGGUGAAGACUCUGCUUGCUACACCCUUUGUUCUUCAUGCAGGAUCUACAGGUGACGGUCGUCCUGGAGACGAAAACCGAUCUGUGGUGGAAACUCGACGACGAUACGCUGAGAUCUUCUACGAUGUGGAAAAGCUGAUUGAAAACCAGCUGUAUCAUGACAACAAUGACAGUGGAGAGCGGGCUCGACUGCGACAGCUGGUGCCUACCAUUGGCCAAUUCUUCACCAAGCUGCCUCUGGAACGGGCCUUCUACACCCAGGACGAGAUCCGGUCGAUUUCUCACAGACGUUUUGUGUCUCCAAGCUUCAAUGACGUGCGGAUGAUUCUCAAUACUGCACAAGUCAUGGCACUAGCUACAGGUCGUCAGCCACUCAAACUGGUCACCUUUGACGGAGAUGUUACACUAUAUGCAGAUGGAGGUAACAUUGACCCUGACAGCCCUAUCAUCCCCGUGCUACUCGGGCUGCUGCGAAACGACGUGUAUGUUGGAAUUGUCACGGCUGCCGGAUACUCCGAGAAGGACGGUUCAAAGUACGGAGUCCGUCUCUAUGGUCUUCUCGAAGCGAUUGUCAAGACUGACACCCUGACCGAACAACAGAAGAACCAUUUGCUGGUAAUGGGAGGCGAGUCCAACUUUCUGUUCAAGUUCAUUGCUGCCGAAAACCGAUUCGAAUGGAUCGAUCCUGAAGAGUGGACUCUUCCUGAGGUUCGAACUUGGUCGCAGGAAGAUAUCACCAGUGUUUUGAACAUAGGCGAGCGGGUGUUUACCAAUGCCCUCACCAAAUGCAGUUUGCCUGCCACCAUCAUUCGAAAGGUGCGAGGAGUGGGUAUCGUUCCUCUUCCAGGCAAGAAGAUUAUGCGAGAACAACUUGAGGAGAUGGUUCUGGCUGCCCAGAAGACCCUUGAGACAUCCAAGGCGACUGGAAACGUGCAAUUCUGCGCCUUUAACGGCGGCUCCGACGUCUGGGUCGAUAUCGGAGACAAAGAUCUGGGUGUUCGAUCCCUUCAGGCCUACUUGGGCAACAUCACAGGCACUCAGACUCUCCAUGUGGGCGAUCAAUUUGCUGCCCUUGGCGCCAACGACUUCAAGGCCCGUCUUGCUGCAACCACCGUCUGGAUUGCCAAUCCUUCCGAAACGGUGGAGAUCAUUGCUGAACUCAUUGACUACAUUGAGCACGAGCGACAGUGCAGUGCUUGA